ACAACAUUGAAGCAGACGCAAAUUCAAGAUGGCGACCAGCUCCGAAAAUUUUGUGUUCCCUCUGAAGUGUGCUGUCAAGAACAACGCUUGGGGCCGCCUGGGAGCAAGCAGUGAAGUGGCUAAACUCCGUCAGGGGUCAGACCCAGACUUCAAAUAUGAUGAGGAGACACCUUAUGCAGAGUUAUGGAUGGGUACCCACCCAAAUGGACCGUCAGUGAUAAGCAACUCCCAGGUAGAGCCGUCUGCUCUGAAAGAUUGGAUCAAGAAAAACCCGGAAAGUCUCGGUGAAAAAGUUCUCCUGAAAUUCGGUGACGAUCUUCCGUUCCUGUUCAAGGUGUUGUCAGUGAAUAAGGGUUUGUCUAUACAGGCUCAUCCUAAUAAGAGCCAUGCCGAGAAGCUUCACGCUUCCCAGCCAGACAAGUAUGCCGAUCCGAAUCACAAACCAGAGAUGGCCAUAGCCCUGACUGAAUUCGAGGGAUUGUGCGGGUUUAGACCAAUAGCAGAAAUAGCAAGCUACAUUGAAGGUAUACCCGAGUUGCGAGCGGUAGUUGGCGAGGGGCCUUCAGCUGCCUUGUUGAACAAUAACGGCGUUGAUGGAACCACACCCGCGCUGCUGGCGGCCCAAAAAGCAUGCUUCAAGGGAUUGAUGACGUGCGAGGUGGAAACUGUUGAGAAGAAUCUUGUGAAAUUGGUUCAGAGGAUACAAGCCAUGGAUCCUGAGUCGACUGAAUUCCACAAACACAACGGAGAACUUCUCCUUCGUCUGAACACACAAUAUCCAGGCGACGUUGGUUGUUUCGUCAUCUAUUUCCUGAAUCGCACCGUGCUACAGCCGGGCCAGGCCAUAUUCCUUGAGGCCAAUCUGCCUCAUGCCUAUCUCGAUGGAAAUUGCAUCGAGUGUAUGGCGUGCUCUGACAACGUCGUUCGGUGCGGUUUGACGCCCAAAUUCAAAGAUGUACCAACACUUUGUGAAAUGCUCAACUAUAACGGGAAACCUUCCGCCGACAAUCUCUUUCCCAGUGUGCAGGACAGCAGCGACCCCUACGUGACAGUCUAUAAUCCUCCAGUCCCCGAUUUUGCUGUUUGCAAGAUUGAGGUCCCCGAGUCUGUCUCAGAGUAUACCAUCUCACCAAAAGAUAGCGCUAGUAUCGUGUUAGUCAUCGAAGGAGAGGCACAAUCGGAUGUGGGGCCAUUCCAGCGAGGAUCAACCAUAUUCAUAUCUGCUCAUAAGAGCGUUACGAUAAAAAAGAAGAAAGGAGCUUCUCUGCUGAUGUUUAGAGCUUAUUGUGAACUCUAAUUUAUCAUCAGAGCUGCGAUAAGCUUUGACAGGUCUGAAGGCACCGCGUUUUUGCAGUAUACAGGAAGAACCAUGGUGUACUGCAUAUAUCAUGAUUAGUUGUACUUACUGUCUUUUUGUGGUAAUGUUAAGUUUGUCUUCAUGCAGCUGAUUUGCUUGUUUGUGAGAACAGCUGUUUUCCAUACACAUAAGACUUCGUCCAUUGAAAAUUUAUUUUCACUGUGGAAUUUUCAUAAAAAUUACCUUAAAACUGGUCAAAUAUCAAUUUUCCCUGUUUUUCGGUCAUUUCAAGACAUGAGUGAUGUAGAAUAUUCGUUUUGUAUGAAACUGCAACACACAAGAUGGAUAUAUGUCAGUUUUUAUGUGGAGAUAUUAGGGAAUAGAUGUUGUUAAGUUUUCACAAAGUUUAUAGCUUUUGGAAAUACCUACAGGCAAUGUACAGUGGGUGUAUUGUGGGAUGUCUUACUUUGUAAACAGAGUAUACCUUAAAUUCACAGUCCCUGAAGACCUGUUUAGGUACCUUGCCUUCAGCUUUUGCUAUAGGUGAGUCCAGAGUCCAAGAAUAUUCAUGUGGUUUUUGCUAGUAAACUAAUGAACCUCCCUCUAUCAAGAACACCCUGAGGUCUGAAAUGCAAGUAAGAUUUGGAGAGGAACACCUUUUUAAGAGGACGCUCUAAGGAGUGGCAAGUGUGAUCCGUAAUAGAGAGUUGUCCUGAUUACAGGUGUCAAUUUCAAUAGAAUGGACACACUGGACCACAAUUAGUGAUAGAGAUGGUGUGCCACUAGUAUAGGUGUUGUUAGGGCAGUUCCACUGUAUAUUUUCUCAAAAUGCGAAAUUAAAAUCAAUAUUUCGGAUAAAGGAAUGUUUCUCUAUGUCACACUAUCAUGCUACCUCGUGCUUGUAGAUCAGGCCACAUGUGGUGCACAUAUAUGUUUAUUUACUCGUAUCUAUUACAAUUCUCAUUAACAGUGCUUGUAUUUAUGAUUUAUAAUAUGUUAAGUAAAAUAACGUUUCAUUUAUUAUAGUGUCAUGAAUUCUCCAUGGUGAAUUCAGAUUACACCAUGAUGAAUCUUAGUA